GAUAUGGGACGGGAGACUAGCAAUGGCAGCAAACGCAGUCUCAUCUCGCUGUAAUAUUCUCCGAUGGAUUUAGAGCUUUCAACAUGAAAAAAUACAAAAUCAUUUUGUAGUAUUGAAACAAGAUCACUUUCUUUUGGUCACAGAGAGACAAAAUCAACUUGUCCUUAGAGCUGAAGUUGUAACGAGUCUGCAGGCAUUUGAAUGGCGGAGAACACUGGGCAGAAAAUGCUCUGUCAUCAGUUACAAUUUUGUACUGUAACUAAAGCCUGUCGUAACCGAAGCGGGCUUCAGUGUUAAUGGCUGAACCAUGAAGGCCCAACUUCAAGUUACUGUGCUGUCGGCCAAACUGAAGGAGAACAAAAAGAACUGGUUUGGCCCCAGUCCAUACGUAGAGGUGGCUGUGGACGGCCAGUCGAAGAAGACGGAGAAAUGCAACAAUACCCACAACCCCAAAUGGAAGCAGUCACUCACAGUAAUUCUCACACCUUUCAGUAAGCUCAUUUUCCGGGUAUGGAGUCAUCAGACGCUGAAGGCCGACAUCUUAUUGGGAAUGGCUACAUUGGAGAUCAGUGAAACCCUAAAGUCCAAUGAUAUGAAACUCUCUGAGGUGGUGCAGACCCUGCAGCUGUGUUCAGACCGAGACCACACUGACGUGGUGGGGGACCUGUCAGUCUGUCUGGAUGGCAUGCAGGUGGACCCAGAGACAUUCACCUCUGCAGAGAGGGACCAUGUUGCUGUUCCAAACGGGGAGGUGAGACAGAACGGAGAUAGUGUCAACAGUGAUAACAUACCACCCAGAUCCAGCAGGGACACGUCCCCCUCCAGUGACUCCACAGAGGACUGGGUCAUCGUCCCCAACGGCCACACGGUCAACAGCAUGGGUUCUCCUGCCCCAUCCCCAGGGGGCUCCAAGUCCACACGGCCCCCCAGACCUGCACGGCCUCCCCCACCCACCCCCCGCAGACCAGCCGCUUCCCCAGCCUCCUCCAGCAGCUCUACCCAUAGCGAGGUGAGUGAGCCCCCGGCUUCAUACGGCUCGUCCCUGGCCUCGGCCAGCGGUGCCUCCUCAGAUACCCCUCAGGAGAACAGAGCUGCACCCCCACAGGCAGCCAGCGCCCCCCCGGCCAUCGGGGCACCAGCCGGUGCACCCCCAGCCGGUGGGCCCCCCCGAGUCAUCCCUAACGGCCCACUGCCUCCAGGCUGGGAGCAGAGGGUGGACCAGAAUGGCCGCAUGUAUUUCGUGGAUCACAUUGAGAAGAGGACAACAUGGGACCGACCAGAGUCUCUCCCCUCUGGGUGGGAGCGGCGUGUGGACCCCAUGGGCAGGGUGUACUUCGUGGACCACAUCACCCGGACCACCACGUGGCAGCGCCCCACGCAGGAGUCUGUGCGCAACUAUGAGGAGUGGCAGCACCAGCGCAGCCAGCUGCAGGGGGCCAUGCAGCAGUUCAACCAGAGGUUCAUUUUUGGGCUCCAGGAUCAGCAAAUAGCUGCAGCAAACAAAGAGUUUGACCCACUUGGGCCGCUGCCACAUGGCUGGGAGAAGCGAACAGACACCAACGGCAGGGUUUAUUUUGUUCACCACACAACGCGGAUGACUCAGUGGGAGGACCCACGGACACAAGGGCUGCUGAAUGACAAGCCCCUACCUGAAGGCUGGGAGAUGAGGUUCACAGUGGAUGGCAUCCCCUACUUUGUGGACCACAACCGGAGAACCACCACCUACAUCGACCCUCGCACGGGCAAAUCCUCCCUUGAGAACGGGCCCCAGAUCACCUACGUCAGGGACUUCAAAGCCAAAGUGCAGUACUUCAGGUUCUGGUGUCAGCAACUGUCAAUGCCACAGCACAUCAAGAUCACAGUCACCCGCAAAACCCUCUUUGAAGAUUCAUUCCAGCAAAUGAUGAGCUUUCAUCCACAAGAUCUCAGGCGGAGACUGUGGAUCAUUUUCCCUGGAGAGGAAGGCUUGGACUACGGAGGAGUGGCAAGGGAGUGGUUCUUCUUGCUAUCCCACGAGGUGCUGAACCCAAUGUACUGCCUGUUUGAGUAUGCCGGCAAGGACAACUACUGUCUCCAGAUCAACCCUGCCUCCUACAUCAACCCUGACCACCUCAAGUACUUCAAGUUCAUUGGACGAUUCAUUGCCAUGGCCUUGUUCCAUGGGAAGUUCAUCGACACGGGAUUCUCCCUGCCCUUCUACAAGCGCAUCUUGAACAAACCCCUGGCCCUGAAGGACCUGGAAUCCAUCGACCCGGAAUUCUACAACUCCCUCAUCUGGAUCAAGGAUAACAACUUGGAGGAGUGUGGUCUGGAGAUGUACUUCUCUGUGGACAAGGAGAUCCUGGGGGAGGUCACCACUCACGAGCUGAAGCCAGACGGAGGCAAUGUCUUGGUCACUGAGGAAAACAAAGAGGAAUACAUCAGGCUGGUGGCAGAGUGGAGGUUGUCCAGAGGGGUGGAGGAGCAGACCCAGGCCUUCUUCGAGGGCUUUAAUGAGGUCCUCCCCCAGCAGUACCUGCAGUACUUUGACGCGAAGGAACUGGAGGUGAUGCUGUGUGGCAUGCAGGAGAUAGACCUGGUGGACUGGCAGAGGCACACCAUCUACAGGCACUAUGCACGCAGCAGCAAGCAGAUCCUCUGGUUCUGGCAGUUUGUGAAGGAGAUGGACAAUGAGAAACGUAUGAGGCUGCUGCAGUUUGUCACCGGCACCUGUCGGCUUCCCAUGGGUGGCUUCGCUGACCUCAUGGGGAGUAAUGGCCCACAGAAGUUCUGCAUUGAGAAGGUGGGCAAAGAAAACUGGCUUCCAAGAAGUCACACUUGCUUUAAUAGACUGGACCUGCCCCCCUACAAGAGCUACGAGCAGCUGAAGGAAAAGCUGAUGUUUGCCAUUGAGGAAACUGAGGGCUUCGGACAGGAGUAGUAACAUAGGGACGCCAAAAUGGCCGCCACGAGGAGCCGUUUUCCACACGACGUUACGCUCUCCAGCACUUUGUUCUGUCUAGGUUUUAGGCAACAGCACUUUUCCCCCCAGGUCCUGGCUCUCUUUGUAAGGGCAGAAACUGACAUCCACUCCUUUCUGCAGUCCCGAGCCCCAUUAUAGAGACACCCCCGACACCUAAGGUGGAGUCAAGUCCGUCUCCAUGGUGAUGACCCUUCAUACUGACUGAUUUACCUUUCACCUCCUAAAUUGUGUGACCCUGUUGCAGCUUGCCUUAUUCAGCCCACGUGUCUGGGAAGAGAGGAGGAGGAGGAAGCGAGAGGGGGAGGAAGAAAGAGGUAGGGAUUGAGAGGAAGAGGGGAUGUUCCCUCCCCAACUCACGUCUGUCUCUGUCUCAUCUCCACACCGCGCCACAGUAGUUAAUAAUCACGGCGACUAUUCAAUAUGCAGUACAAUGUCAGCUGUCAUUUCUUCCCUUCCUCUCCCUGAGCCCUGAUUUGUUAAGUGUAUGAAUGGAUGGAUGAAUUAAUGCUAGGAUCGAGUGCUGCGGAUUCUUCCAAAAAGACAUUGACCUCUCAUCGAUUUGACAUUUUAGAGAUUUACAGUAUUACUUGAUUUAACAUGUCGCUUUCUGAAAGAAAUAUUGACACUUAAAGCAUCUACUUUGCUGGCACACCACCGUGUUGUGGCAAAAGGUAUUUGUGAAUGUUGCAAAGAUGAAAAGCUAUAUUUUUUACGUGCAAUAGAAUAGUUUUCUAGUCAGCUGUUUAUGCCCUUAAUAUAGAUAAACCAGAGAUUAAUUAUUUACUGCAAUCCAAAGUUUUUGUUUAUAAGUCAGUUUUUAAUCAAGUCUCUAUUGAUUUCAACCCAGAAUGCUUUUUUUUAUAGCCUGGAAUCAUUGUAGUAAAACAGGGUCGUAUUCAUUAGGCCUCAAAUGGAAGAAAAGUGACAACGUUUUGUCUUAGUGCUCAAGCCCUUUUUGUUUUCUGUUUGAAACUGUUUGUUUUUGUGCCUACUGAAGACGACCCUGGCUUGUUGUCAUUUUGACGGACCUUUUCUUUCCCAAAAAUUCAGGAUCAGCACAGUACUGAUUUGAGCUGUAUAGUGGUUAAAAUGUAUGCGCUAAUAACUUUGUUUUUAUUUUUAUGGCAAACCGAGUGAGUUACUAAUGACGUGGGAGUGUCAGCAGCGUGUCAAGGACAGCGGCUAGGUGAAGAGUACAUUUUCGGAGUACAUUUUAAGAAUGAGAUAAUUCGGAAAUUAACUAAAACAGCUUGUGAAAAUCACUCCCUCUGAAAGGUAUCACUUUCCUUUUUUGUCGUAUAGAGAAUAACUAAUAACUCCAUGAUUAAAGAUCAAACGAUUAAGUGUCCAAACUAGUUGAUUUUAAUGAAUGCUCGGCGUGUAUACAUGCAUAUACAGUAUGAUGCAGGGAACUUUUUCAAAUGGCGUACUUGCAAAGUAUGAAUGAACCCGAAUAUACAGUAUAAGGUCAUGUCCCAGGCCCAUAGCCCUAAGAAAUAUACUGUAUAUUCAUGUUAAGUGAAUAAGAGGAAAAUAAUACAAUAACAAGUAGUAGUUAACGUAAUUAACUCAACACCAAUGCAACCCUAGUUUUAUAGGGUUCAGUUUUGUCAUUCUAGAUAUUUUGUUAAAAGUUUGACGCUAAAUAUUGCACCACCUGUCCCAAAUGAUGUUGGCUAUAUUUUAAAACCGCUGGAGUGAGCGUAGCAAAACGACUGUGAAUCAAAAGUAAAAUAUGAACCAUGUCCAUGCACAACCGCAAAUGGUCAGCACUGUGUUUUGAGCAAAAAUAUGUUUGGUAAUAGGCAACAUUGUAUCUUAAAAAUCUAGACACCAAACAGACAAGCCCAGAGUCAAGUCAAGAUAAGUUCUAAGCUUAGUUUCAGACAGACCGAUUGGAGGGGGGAGAAGGGAAAAAGGCUUGCCAGAAAACAAACGGGUUGUGUAAGGCACCACAUGGAAGAAAAGGACUCGAACCGGGAGGGACAACCUGGACUUGUCCUCAUUCUCGUUUCUCAUAGCAAAAUUUUGCAAAACCUUUUCUGUCGCGUGACCUGAUAAACACCAGCCUGUUGAUUUGGCAUUGAAUGAGAUCUGCCACUUCUGACCUUUUUGUGUCCUCUGCUUCUCAGGCAUAUCCAACAGGCCUCUCGGUAUGAUUUCUUCACAGGAACAGUGGAAGUGUAAUAAAGUUAGAUGAAAUAUAGCUUUCACUCAUGAAAUGUUUAGGUCACGUGUCUAUUUGCAGUCAAAUCAAACAUGCAAGUGACACACAUAACCGUGUCCUGAGUGUGUUAUUUUAAUGCACUGGACACCAACUUAAAUAUUUGGCAAAAAUGUUGUAUGUGAACCACAGGCUGUCUUGGCUAUGAGCAUCUGGGUCGUGUUCAGUAGUUUGAAAACGUUUUGAAACGGAUGUACUCCUUGAACUUGUCCAAUAAGAAACACAUUUUUUGUUUCAAAAUGUUUUAAAAUCGCCCUUUGUUAUUGUAUGGCUGGUCUCUGUCUUGGCUCUGACACCGUUUUAUAUAACUGGGUGAAUUGUCAGGGUGAUUCUGUCCCAUUUCUUCACGGCAUACUCAUGACUUCUUUGCCACACGCACCCAUUCUGGCUCACCACUUCGUAGUGCACUGCCUUGUGAAGAGAUUGCUGUUAUUUAAAUCAUAAUUUGUGAAUUAAAUGUAGAAAACAAUGGAAAAUUUAACAAAUAACAAGCGAUAGCACCUUACUCGACUGAUUAACCACUUUUUUUUUUGCCGCUGUUCCCAGAUCAUAGUGGAAUAAAAUGUAUAGAAAUAUGCAGAUGUUAACUACUACUUUAACUUCUAAUGAUUGGAUUGUAAAUCAUGUUGAUAGUGUAUUCACUGUAUUUUUCUUUGUAAAAGCUCUAACCUUUUAAUAAAAGGGAGUUUAUGGUUCGAUACUAUUUAUUUUUUGUUAUGUGAAUGUGAAGAGGAAGGAUCUUUGAUGUUAAUGUCAAAAUUAAUUUAGAAAAUUCUGAAAUAAAACAAUGGGCUACUGGAACUUUAA